AUGGGCCAGGCCAUUCCUCCCACUGCUUCGGGCUCCGUCGCGCCCUGUGCAUCGCGAGCCACGCGACAGGAACUCCGCAGCACUAACACUACUGGCCAUGCGACGACGCCGAUCAAUCAGUCUCGAAAAAGAAAGGCGCAAAGUACGCCAACGUCAAAAAAUGCCGAAGUCAUUGAUUUGACCAGCGAUGAGCCUCCAAGCGCGGCCAAAAAGGCAAAACACCGACAGACCAAGCACACCAAGCAGCCAGAUGCAUACAUUAUCCCGGAGCAACGGGCUCGCAGGUUUCGCCACCAUCCACCGCAAACUUACUUGGCCAGAUUGGCCCGGGUGAGAACUCAGAGAAUGUUUAUUGUGGGCCAUACAGUGGGGGGAACGGAGGAGGUGCCGGAGAUCUCAUUUGACAUCAUUGGAUCCACAGGUAACCUCUACAAAACAAUCAUUGGGAAGGUGCCGACCUGCGACUGUCCGGACUCACGGAAGGGCAACCAGUGUAAACAUAUCUGCUAUGGUAUGAUCUUCUUCCCGUUCAUCCCUAUCAAAACCUACUAUUUUUAUUGUCGUGCUCUUGCUCAUGGCAUAUCAAGUCCUUGUCCAUGCUCUCAGGGCUCCAGGUCAUCUCCAGUACCAACUGGCUUUCCUGUCCUCGGUAAGCCUUUCGAAUACCCUAGUAUCGCGAAGGCUUGGCCUCAGCAGCUCGAGUCUAACACGUUUGCGUUCAAACAGGAACUGCGUGAAAUGUACGAGAAAUCCUCACUCAGUCGCAACCAGGACAUAUCAACCGAAGACAAUGGCGGUAACCGGAAGCCCAUCGAUGGCGAGUGUCCUAUCUGCUUCAUGGAAUUCGAGGCCGACGAAGCCAUCGUCUGGUGCAAAGCUGCCUGUGGAAACAACAUUCACAAGACUUGCUUCUCGCAAUGGGCAGCCAAGUCACCCACAUGCGGCGUCCGCUGCGUUUAUUGCCGCGCAACCUGGAAGUUCGACAGCCCUACCCUCAAUCUUGAAUCGCUCCGAAAUGCCGAAUCUCCCAGCGAAGAAGGCUACAUCAAUGUGGCGGAACAAUUCGGGUUGUCUGGUGAACGUGGUACGGAGCCAUCCCUGUAG